UUUUGUAACAGGUUGAAGCGGUAUAGCCCAUACGAGUUUUUAUUUAACGGUACUAACUAGUGAAGAUAAUUUAUACAAAACACUAAUGGACUACUACAACGCAAACAAACAAUCCACUAAUCCGGAGAAAAACAGUAACUGGUUUUCGAGAUUAUUCUUUGUAUACACUAAGGAUAUUUUCAUCAAGGGUUACAGAACAGACCUGACUCAAAAUGAUAUAUAUGAAGUACUUCCACAGCAUAAGUCAGAAACAUUAGGAGAUAAAUUGGAAAAUGAGUGGAAUAUACAAAUUGAUGAAAAGAAGACAUCUAUACCUAGACUUCUUUGGAAAUGUUUUGGCAGACAAUAUAUAUUAAUAUUAAUCAGUUUGGUCAUUCCAGUGACACUGACGCUGACGCAACCAAAGAUACUAAAAGAAUUCAUUUCAUAUUUUACACCAGGACACAAUAACCUAAGUAGAACUGAUGCGAGCUUGUAUGGAGUAUUGUUGAUUAUAGUGAUGGUUACCAGACGUGUCUACCAAUUCAACUUUCAUCUAAGGCUUGCAGAAUUUGGUAUUAAACUGCGUACUGGAUUCACAUCUUUAAUCUACAGGCAAGUUUUGAAAAUUAACCCAACACUGGUUGAAAGUGGCAAGAUGAUAAACCUGAUAACGAGAGAUGUGAGUGAAUUUGAAGAAGCCAUAUAUGAAAUAACCAACAUAAUAAGAGAGCUAUCUAACGUUUUGGCAACAUGUUAUGUCCUCUAUUCAGAAAUUGGAUGGUUAUUUCUCAUACUCCCAACAAUAAUUUUUAUUAGCUUGUUCGUCAAUACAUGUAUAGCAGUUUUAGUGCGUAAAUUUAAAUUGAAGUCUUUGAGGAAAACUGAUGGAAGAUAUCAAAUAAUAAAAGAAGCAUUAAGUGCAAUAAAAGUCAUCAAAAUGAACCUUUGGGAAGAAAGUUAUGAAAAGAAAAUUGCUAAAAUCAGGCAAGAAGAAGUUCAUUUUAUACGCAACGUAAAUAUACUGCUUUUUCUAAAGUUAGUCAUUUCUGAAUCAAUUCAUAAUGCGUCGUGGUACAUAAUUGUGGCAGUAUCCAUAUUGUUUAAGAUCAACUCAAACGCCGGGACAUUACUUCUUAUAAUGAACAGUCUAACUUUUAUUUCUCAUGGCAUAACAACGAAUUUUCCAACAGCGAUACAUGAAAUGGCUACAUUGAUUGCUGUAUUUAAACGAAUUGGACAAACACUCCGAAUUAAGAGUGAAGAAUCGUACGUGGAAGAAAAUAACCCUUCACCAAGAAUUAAAAUGAAUUUAAAAAUUCACACUGGACAUAGCCAUACACUAAUAACUUUAAAAAACUGCAAUAUUGUUAGAGGAAUAACAUCAGUAACUGGACCUAUUGGGAGUGGUAAAAGUCUUCUAUUAAAAGUCCUCAUCAAAGAAUACAAAAAUGUUGAAGGCAAUCUAGAAGUCGUCGGCAGCAUUUCUUACGCAUCACAAGAACCCUGGCUAUUUCCAUCAACCAUCAAACACAACAUUUUAUUUGGAAGUAGUUACGACGAAAAUCGUUACUUAGAAGUUUUACGAGUUUGUGCUCUACUGGAUGAAUUGCGGCUUUUAACCGAUGGUGAUUCGUCUAUUGUAACUGACGGAGGAGCUAACCUAAGUAAAGGACAAAAAGCUAGAAUAAAUUUAGCACGAGCUGUUUAUAAAGAACGUGAUAUAUAUUUAUUAGAUGACUGUCUGGCUAGUUUGGAUGCGAUUGUAGCAGAUUUUGUAUUUGAACAAUGCAUCAAAAGAUUUCUGACACACAAAAUUGUGAUCUUGGCUACGUCAUCCAUUAAAUACGUCAAUAGGUCAGAUAACGUCAUAACAAUGAAAACUGGUACAAUGGAAAAUUCACACCCUAUCAAAAGUGAAAUCCCAAAAAAUGCGGACACAAAAAGUAUAAAAUAUAUUGCAAGAGAUAAAUCAAAGAGCGAAAAAGAUGAGUCAUCUGCGGAAGAAAACUUUAGCCAUGACACCCCAUUGAUUAAAAAGACCAAAGAGACCAGAAAACUCUACACAGAAACAAAAGUACAAGGAAAAGUACGCUUCAAUGUUUAUAAAAAAUAUAUUGAAGUAAAUGGAGGCUUGGUCAAAAUUGUUUUAGUCUUACUUAUCACUGGAGUAACUCAGUUUUUGAAAAGUUCCAUCAACAAAAUGGAAUCCGUUUGGAUAAAUGCAGAACAAAUUUUGUUUAGCAAUGCCACAGACAAGAAAAUUUAUACUGAGGCUAAUCAAAAACGUCACCAAAUGUUAAUUGUUCUACCGAUAAUUAUUUCAACUACGACCAUAUUGAUGUUAUUAAAUACAUAUUUUUUCUGGGUGCUUGCUGCCAAAGCUUCUCAAAAGCUUCACAGUUUACUUUUCUCUAAUGUGGUUCGUAAUUUCAUGCAAUUCUUCGACAAAAAUCGAAUAGGAAUUAUUUUGAAUAGAUUUUCAGAAGAUAUACUGUACAUUGAUGAAAUAGUACCCUCGACGUUUCUUCAACUAAUUGGUUAUUUUGUCGGAAUAGUUGGAGUUAUUAUCCUCAUAGCUACAGUUAAUGCAACGUUCCUAAUUCCAUGCAUUCUGAUUAAUAUAUUCCUGGUUUUCGUACUAAUGUUUUACUUAAAAAUUGGGAAUGCUUUGAAGCGAAUCGAAUUCUUAACACGAAGUCCUGUAAUGGGGUAUAUCAAUGCAACUUUAGACGGACUGACAACCAUUAGGACCUCAAGAAUGGAAAACACACUUCGAAAAGAAUUUGACCGACAUCAAGAUUUGUAUGCUUCCUCUUCUUACAUGUACGCAUGCUGUGAGAAAGCAUUUCUUCUUUUGAUAGGAGCCGACCAAAUUAUUCUCCUUGUUUUCGCAAUUAUCCUUUUUUUAGCACUAGAUGAGAAAACGACAGCAGGGAAAGUUGGACUUGUUUUGACACAAAUCUUUGGUCUGACAACUGCGCAGCUUCUCUUUUAUUUAAUGAUGACUAGACUUGAGAAUCGAAUGAUAGCAGUAGAAAGAGUUUUGGAAUUCAUUAAACAAAAGCAGGAAAACAAAGAUGGUUUUGUAAUAAAACAUUGGCCAAAGGAAUGUGAAAUACGAUUCAAAGACGUGUCCCUUUCUUACCAGAGCGACCAAGACCAUGUUUUAAAACAUUUAAACUUCGCCAUCAAAAAUAAAAAAAAGGUUGCCAUCGUUGGUAGGACUGGUUCAGGAAAAACAUCAUUGAUUUCUACACUCGUCCGACUUUACGAUUUCGAAGGAAACAUUUUUAUAGACAACGUAGACAUCAAAACACUUCCAGUGGAUUUCCUCAGGUCAAAAAUAUCUGUAAUUCCACAAGAACCGACUAUAUUUUCGGGAACGUUACGUGAAAAUAUUGAUCCUACAGGACAACAUUCAGACGAUGAUAUCUGGAGAGCUAUUUCAACCGUGAAUUUAUCACUCUUUCAAAAUUUGGAUGAGAAAAUUGACAUGAAUUUAAGCAUUUGUGAAAAGCAACUCAUUUGUGUGUGUCGAGCUCUCGUUCAGCGAAACAAAAUCGUAAUUUUUGACGAAUGUAAUGCUAGUGUCGAUUUUGAUACUGAAGCUUUGAUACAAAGAGUAAUAUCAGAAAUUUUUGCUGAAUGUACCAUCAUCGCAAUUAUGCACAAAUUGCGUUAUAUUUUAGAUUUUGACUUAGUAUUAGUUGUAGAUAAGGGUGUGAUUAUUGAAUCUGGUGAUCCCGCUAGCUUGCUGAAGAAAAAAAAUGGGAUGCUUAGUAACUUGUUUAAGAGACAAUGAAAUAAUAAAAUUAUAAAACCAAAGAAAGUGCCGCAUUCAGUGGUCUCAUCAUUUGAACUUAUUAAUGUAAAUGUG